GUGGAGGUGCAGUAGUCAUGACGCCUCGCACACUGGCCAGCAUCAACCACCCCCACCACCACCUCCUCCUCGUCCUCCCCCUCCUCCUCCUCCUCCUCCUCCCGCAGCACGCUACAGACGGUCGGCUCCGGCGCAUCGCUGCGCUCCUCUGUUCUCCGCCGCUGCUUCUGGACUCGAGUGUCCCGCAGUGACCGUCGACUGACUGCCGGACCGCAGCAGGUAGUGCUCGGUGUGCGCAGACAGCCCGGGCAUGCCAUCGGACCCGGCCGGACACGUCGCUGUUGCCUGGGCAGAAAUUCGCUCCACAACUUGAAGGCGUCAAAGUUGCUGCAAUGGAGACUUGUGGGAGCGACGCAGCGGUCACAUACCCGGGCAGAGCGGAGGACAGAGACUACGAGCCGGAGCAUCUGCCUCCGCUGCUGGAGGACGAGGAGAAUGUGUCUCUGGCCGACAUCCUCUCCCUGAGGGACAGCUGUCUGACCGAGGACGAGGUGUGGGCGGUGUGUGCAGAGUGCGCUCUGGCUCUGCAGAGCAUCAGACCCUCCCACCUCUUCCACACCCUGUGCAUAACACCAGACACUCUGGCCUUCAACGCCCAUGGGAAUGUUUGCUUCAUGGAGCAGCUCAGUGAUGAUCCAGAAGGCUCCUUCGUGCCUCCCGAGUUUGACAGCACUGGCAGCACGUUUGAGGGCCAUGUUUACUCUCUGGGCUCCACGCUUUCUGCCGCACUGAGCUUUGUCAUCGAGCCAGAGCUGGAGGCAGAGCUGGGGGACGAAAUCCAGAGGCUGUUGGAGCAGAUGCAGGAGGAGAAGCCCGAGGACAGGCCGCUGCUUCAGGACAUCCUCUGUCUGGCUGAAGCACAGCUGUCUCAUACCUCCUCUGCAGCUGUGUGCCGGAAACUGUCUUCUGUUGGCCGACGGGUGCUCUCCAUCGAAUCCGUAUCCACCUUCCAAGAUGGACAAGAAGGCUCCUGGGAGGCGAGGUGGCAGCAUCCCAAACCCAGAUGUCUGCUUAAAAGACUGAGCUCGGAUGAUAAUAGCAAAGAGCUGUGUGCUGACAGUUCUGUUAAAGCAAAUGGUCUGUCCAGGCAGCAGGUGUGCGGGGGCUGGGAUUCCUCGCUCUGGGAGGAGGACAUGGACAGCGGUGACGGAGACGGCAUGAUCUUGGCAGAUGACUUGGACUGCAGGUCCCACAACAGCUCUCCAGUAAGGAGGAGAGCCCAGCAGAGGCUCACCCGGGUGAGGGGGGCUCUGAACCGCUCCUGCUCCGUCCCAGACUCCAACAACCCCCCGUGCCUGUCCCCUCCGAGUCAUGGGGAUAUCAGCGUACCUGUAUCUGACCUCACUGAGAUUGGAGCGGAUGAACAUUUGAGCUGCAAGUCUGUGUGGAGUAACAGGCUUCAAAGACUUAACCGGGGCAGGUCCUGUGAGUCUUACCCACACAGUAGUGCCGAGGAUUGCGUGAACUCUGCUGUGAACUACCAAGUGUCAGAAGGAAAUGAGGACGCUCCAGAGACAUUGUUCAGUGGAGAAACAGAGAUUGAAGGAUCCCACGAAUGUGAAUCUUGUAACUGCGCCCAGGAUUCAGCAUCGUCCUGUACUUUGUGUCAGGAGCUGGAAAUGGAACAGGACUCUGCUUGGGACCAGGGCUCAUUGAACCACAGCCUCUACAUUCCUAAUAACUACAUGACCAAAAGCAUGCUGUGCCUCAAUGAAGAAUCUCAGGAUGAGUGGAUCUCUCUCAGAGAGUUGCUUACUCGAUGUGGACGGAGGCUGACAGUUAAUGAGCUUUGGGCGCUGUGUUACACCUGCCUGUCCUCACUGCAGACCUACAUGGACUUUCCAGCCUAUUUAUGCCUGGACACCGUGCACGUGGGCUGCGAGGGAGAAGUACUUUUCUUGAAACCAAAAAACAUAGGGUCCCGAGAUGAAUUUUAUCUUGCUCCUGAAUAUCAAGAACAUGGCAUUGUGACGGAAAAGGUUUGUGUGUACGGGGUUGCUGCCAUUCUCUGGGCUACGGCCAAGUUCAGUUUAUCACCUAAUCAAAAGCUGGCAAUGCCACGCAAACUGAAGAGGCUGCUCCUGGAGAUGGCAAAGAGGACACCCAUUGAGAGACCUUCCAUCAUCAUUGCCAAAAAAAGCUGUCGUGACUACUUAUCACGUCAAGGGACAAAUGCUGAGACUGUCUGGAAGAACCUCAUCAGCAGAGUUCACCCGCCAGCGUCCAGUAAUACAGAUGGUUUGAGUGCUACAGAAGCUCAUCAGAGCUCGUGUGAAGAGUCUGCACAAAACAACAGCGGCUUUGUUCCCAUGGCCACUGAGAGCCGACUGGCUCCUGUGCCUGGCCCUCUUCCCCACAGCUACCCAGUCAACAGGGAGCUCCAACUCCCAGAAGCCUUCACCUCCACUGCCACACACUUCACCCCCAUCAUCCUGACCAAUGAGGGGGACUCAGAGGAGGAGGGCCAACACCUCGGAGCUGCUGUUGAAGGAACCGUUGAUGGAUUCAAAAAAAGCAGUGAACACAUCGAGGACAGAGACCUCGAUUUCACGUCACACUCUGAGUACCCCUAUCCUACACAGGCUGAAUCCAAUCUACAUACACCGGAGUUUCCUGUCCAUCAGGCAUUCCUAACUUCCAGCGACGAGAUUCUUGUGAACUCCUCUUCUGCUCUCCCCGAUCUUUCACAUCUUGAAGUCUCCCUUCCUCAGCCAUUAUCCAAUAACCUCAAUGGCUGUGGUGUUUUCAACAAUUACCUGUUCCGUCAGGAUCCCACAUCAGGACACCUUUCCUUAGUGCCUGUGCAGGUUAGAGCUCCAGAGUCCCUCCCCGGGUUGGAUAUAAAUCUCUCCCUGGUGCCACAGCCUUUGCAGGGACUAAUCACAGUCCCAAAGACCUCUGAUGGCCCAUUUAUUCACUGUAUGAAUCUGCCUGUGAGGCAGGAAUAUGGCCCAUCAUCAUCUUGUUUUAAAGGUAGCUCCAUCAUAUCUGACAGCCCCUUGGAGCAGAGUGUUUCCGGAGCUUACAAUGGACAGACAAAUCCAGGAACACAAGGUCAAAGCCAAUCUCCUUCAGAGUCCCUUUCCCCUAAAGUCCAUCCUGCCCUACAAGAGGUGAUUGACCUGCUCAAGGGAGAGUUUUCACUUGAUGGAUAUUUGGACAAUGGGCACGAGGACAUCGCUAUGGGGGAGUACAUAUUCUCUUUGAAGGACCUCCAGUACGACGCGUUUGCCAGUGUUGUGAAGGAGAGGUUCAGCGACUUGUACUGGGAGGACGACCUGCUGGGUGUGCUGCACUGCCUGGUUAACGACAGCCCGUCCACACUAGGCUCUAAUGAGCAGCCUCCAUCAAAGGCUGUGAAAAGGGCAGCUCUUACCCAACCCUUGAUAGCCACUGUCUGGGGCGGGAAGAGGGAAGUUUGCCUGCACGGUUGUCUCGACCUGAACGGAAACAUUCACACGUCCAGUCCUGCUGCUGCUGUGGAUUCCUGGGAAGGAACCGAGGCCCAGUACCGUCAUGGAGAAAAUGCAGCUGCACUUGAAGCUUUUGAAUUAAGAUCGGAGGAGAGUCAACACGGUCUCUGUCAAGGUCGAGGCGUGAGCACUGACGGUUCAGACGCAGGGGUCAUGGAGGGAGGAGAUCAUUCAGCGGGGGGCAGCGAUGAAAGCCCCUCUGAGGCCGAGUGUCCGUCAGGGAGAGAGGAAGGCCUGACGCGAGCCCAGUACGAGCAGAUGAGUCCCGACUGCUCGGAGGACAUGGAGGACAGCGAUUCUGUGGCAUCGGAGCGACUCCUCUCGCCUGGAUCCAGAGCAGAGGGACUGGGCCUCAGCUUUAGCCCAGCGUGGGCCUUGGCCUUCUUUGGAGAAGAUUGUUUUAGUCCAGAGGUGAUCCAAUACGCAGUGAAUCUGGGGCAACACACAGGUUCUCCAUGUCUGGAUGUGAAAACACAGGAACUGCAGCAGCAGCUGAUAAUUGAAACAAAGAAUCUGAAGAAAACGAGAAAUUUCUACCAGAAGUUGAUUCAACAAGAAAGAAAAAAUAAAGGGUCUGAUAGCAAACUGAUGCUGUCCAAGCUCAAGUCCCAGUUUGAAGAACUCAGGUCCAAAGUGGUCUUCUUGGAUGGCGUGAAGAAAUACCUCGAGGUUCUGAGUGUGGACCAGUGGGGCUUGGAGGUUUCAUUACUGCCGUCCUUGGCUGUGUGUGGACCCGGCUCUUUGGACCUCCAGUCCGCUGAGGACCCGUCUGUCCUGUGCUUCAGUGCCAGCAAAGGGAAGAGCACUCUGCAAGCCGGCUCACCUCUGGGACUCAUGGCUUACCUCUACGCCAGAAAUGCAGCUGUGGAGGGCUACAUCCAGCAGUUCCUGUAUACCUUUCGUUUCCUCUGCACUCCUGAGCAGUUACUGCAGUUCAUUAUAGACAAGUUCAUCAGUGCGGCAAGACAUGGUCCAGACAUGUCUGGAGACAUUGAGAAGAUCUUCUAUCGCAGUCUGGACGUGCUCCAGUUCUGGAUAACAGACUGUAGACAGGUGGACUUCACACCUAAGUCCAGCCUCGUGGAUACACUGGAAAACUUCCUUAAUACCGAGGUGAUUCCUGUAGACAGCCGAGGGGAGGCCCUGCUUGCUGUUCUCCACAGCCCCCCAUGUACAGCUGGGAGCCAACGAACAGGAAGCCUGGUCAGCUUGGAGGAAGAAGAAGAUUCUACUUGUAUGUAUUCAUCUACUGAGGAUCUUGGGAAAAAGUGGAGAUUCUCCAGAGUAGUGGAGCCCUCUUCGUCCGGGUCUAAAGAGAAGGCCUUCUCCAUCGCUGCAGCCCUGCCUGUGCCUUUCUACGGCUCCAUGAUGGAUGACCUCUCCAACGUCUGCCUGCAGAGUGAGGAGCGACUCCCCUUCAGUCAGAAUGAACACAGUGUGCAGCAUGUAGCCCAACAGCUCACCCUCCUGCAGCAGGAAAUGUUCCAAGGAUGCCAUCCAGUUCAUUUCCUCAACUCCAGAACACAAGGAGUCAGGGACAAACUGCAGAACAAGAAUGUGUCUCAGCCGAUCCCGCCAGCAGAGGGCAGCAGUCUGCUGUCGUGUGAAGGGACGCCGUCAGACAGAUACCUCCAGCAGCUGCUCACAUAUGCUGACAGUGUCUCUAACUGGAUCUCUGCUGAAAUAGUCAUCUGUGACUCCAUCAAGACACAAGUUGCUUUGCUGACCAAGUAUCUGUGGAUUGGAAAAUACUGCUAUGAAUCCAGGAACUUUGCCACAGCUAUGCAGGUCCUCAGAGGUCUGGAGAACGUGAUCGUCAGGCAAUUACCAGCUUGGAAACAUCUGUCUUCCAAGGUGUGUGAGAUCCUGGAGGAGCUACGAGCUGUUCAGGUGUUUCUGAAGAGCGACGACCUGUGUCUGAUGGGGGGAGAACACGCGAGGCGGAGGCCCACCCUGCCGUCGGUGCACAUCCUGGCCAUGCACGUCCAGCAGCUGGAGAUCGGAGCCUUCACGCUCACCACAGGAGCCUACAAGUGGACCAAGCUCAGGAGCAUAGCAAAGGUCGUGAGUCAGGUCCACGCCUUCCAGGAGGCAGUGUGUCCCUACAGCCCGGACAGGGAGCUGCAGGCCUACCUUCGGCGGCGCAUCGCCCGGCUCGCUACCUCUGACAUCCACCUCCUGGCCUCCGAUAGCGAUGCCAACUUCCAGCAGUCCAGCGAGCGACAAACGCGGAGGAUCCAGGACAAGCUGCGGAGGGUGAAGGCCACUUUCAAGUGAGCCCUGCCUCGGUCACAGCUCGCAGCCCAUAGCGAGACACCAGCACCAGGUCAACACCUCGUGUGUGAGCCCAGACUGAGAGUCCAAGUCUCAGCCACGACCCACAGAGACCCACAGAUGCCUCUGCUGUAGGGGCAGCAGAGUCUUGUGGACUGGAAACUUUUUCUUUUUUUUUUACUGCUAUAUGUUCUCAUAUUGUUUUUCAAACGGGCUCUUAAUAAUAUCAGUGUAGAAUUUCAGGCAAUUUCAAUUUAGAACUUUAUUUAUAACUCACAUACUUAACAUUUAAUAGGUUCUGCUGUUGAUCACAUGUAGUUUCCCUCAUUAAGCUGUUUUUGAUAUUAAUAAGUAAUGGACCAUGUUUGUAAUUUCCAAUGAUUCUUCCUCAGAUCAUACAGCAUACUGACACAGCAGUAUUUGUGAAUUGACCCUCUAAUCUACCUGUUAAGGCCUCUGUUUAAUCUAAUGCGGAGUGAAGAUGGCAGCAAUACAGAAUGCUUGUUCAGCAUCAAGGCUAGAUUACUAACAUGGGGAGGUGAGCAACUGCACUUGGGGUCACAACAGCCACACUGUGUAGCAAUGAGAUUAUAUUAUCAUUUGUAACUUUUAGAAAUACGCACCACUAGAGCACAGUUUUAGAUCUAUCUGCCAAUCUGUUGAAUUCUGCUUUUUAGCCAUGCUAGCAGCACAUGACUCUUCCUUUGAGGAACAGAUGUUAAUGGUUGAUGUGAUUAUCCCCUGACAUGUCCUCUAUUGCUGCCUUAAGGUUCACGUUCUGGUUUUCAGUGAAUCAGGCCAGGGUGUUCCCAGGCUGACAGAGAGGUAAGAGGAGUGACAUCAUAGUUGGUUUAUGAAUUGAAGAGAAGGGUGUUACUUUAAAUUUUACAGAACACAGGUUUGAUGUGAAGUGCUUUAUAUAGAAAGUGUUGAAAGAGCAACAAGAAACAUACUAAACAUAAAAAAAUACAUCUAAAUUAUGUUGUGAGGACACUGAUGAAAAAAGCUGAAAAGUGUCCGUCUAAUAAUAAAGACUUUUUUACUUUCUCCAUGCACCUUAGAAUUAGGUGAAGUUGUGCCAGAAACCCCUAUUGUGCUUUAGCAGUUAGAGGUCAUGCCUUGAAAUUUGUAUCAGAAAUCGAUUAUUUGAGUGAAAACAUUUUUGUCACCCACUAUUUUGAUAACUUUUUCAUCAUUUAGGACAUUUUCCAAGCAAAAACGUCUUACAUUUACUGGUUCCAGCUUCUUAAAUGUAACGAUUUGCAGCUUUUCUUUGUAAUUUAUGAUAAUAAUUAGAGAGAGUCUUUGGGUUGCAGUUUGAAAAAGUCACUUAGGGCUCAGGGAAAUUGUUAUUUACUGUCUUUCUCUUUUUAAAUUGACGUGUUAGAGCCUAAAUAAUUAAUCUAAAGAAUGAUCAGCAGAUUAAUCUAGAAUGAAAACAGUCUUGAGUUGCAGUCCCACUCCUGACAGGCAUUCAUAGUGUUGCACUUGGUUGUUCGCAUGAAAAGGGGGACGAUUAGUUUUUGUAAAAAGGUUCUGAUACUCUGCUAGUGGUGUGCAUAUUCCUAAAAUUAGAUUAUAUUUACUCAUCACACCACACGGCACACACUGUGCACGCUGCACAAAGACAGGGUGGGAUGGAGCCCGGCAGCUGCUUUAUCGCCCGGGCCCCCUAACAGGUUAAUUCAGCCAUGUCAACCAUUCAAACAACAUCUCCUUUAUGUUGCUGAGACGUGUUUGACUUGUAGUAAGUGAGACCCGGGAAUGCAGAAUGCUUUCCAUUUACCGAACAGUUUUUGUUUACCCAUCGGCAGCUCACCAGAUGAGAUUUAUCUGACCAGAUGGGUGGAUUAAUAUCUAAUAUUAAUCCAAUUUUUGCGGCGCAAUGUGAAAUGAUUGCAUUUAUUAUCAUACUGUGUCUGGAAGGGGUAAAAAGCCAGACAAGCUCACUGUCAUGACAAUACCUUCCCAUCGCGCAGGAGAUGAUACAACAUAAUGGGAUGUCAGUGUGCAGAAUGUUAUUUGGGGAAUGAUGUUCAGUCCUUGUCUAUUUUUCUAUUUUUCUGCCCGCUCUCUCUCGUCCACGGUCUGCUGCCGUGAAACACGGCGUGGAGAUGGAAUGUGACGCGCCAUGAAGAUUUGCUUAAUUUAGCCAAAUAAAUGAGAUUUCAUAAGC